AUGCCCCAACUUCUAAAGCUUUGGCCGAGACAAAGCGCAGCAAAGAAACGGCCGGCCGGCACCAGUGAGGCUCCUCCCUCAAAAAAGGCCAAGGGCUUUACUGCUAGAAGAGGAAGACCACACGGCCGGUUCCCAAGGUCGUCAUCGAGCUACCGGCCAAGGAGGAGGCCAAAGAAGAGCCGGCUGAAGCUGACUCCCGGGCCCUCGUGGCCUAUACUGGUCCGCCGAGCAGCCACACCUUCACAACCUGACGAGGUUGUCAUAUUGGAGGAUGCUGGACAAUCUUCUCAGCCGGACCGGCUGUGGACGGUCCGCCUUUUCUGGGCCGUGGCCCAACUCGUAGGCCAGAUGCCGGCUGCGUAUAGGACGGCUUCCCGUUCCUCUGAUAAAGGGAAGGGUCCAGCUGUUGACGGCUCCCCUAGCCUCUCUGACGAUGAAUCUUCUCCAGCUUUUGGAAAGAUGUCUUCGUCCGAUCGUGAGAAGCUCAAGACGGAGCUGUUUAAGUGCUUUCCCGAACCUUAUAGUAAGGGGUUAAGGGGAGCAUCGUCUGGGCAUGUAGGUUACAUGUCUCAGCUUGCUGCCGAGCUUUUUGCUCGCAGCAUGAUAACAGAGGACUGGGCAAAGGAGCUCAGAAAAGAGAAUAAGAAGCUCGUCCACGAUGUGACGGCGGCUGCUGAUCAUGCCCAGUUUGCUAUGGCCCAGCAAGAGGUGCUGCAUCAGCAGACCAAGGUUGCAUUGGAAAAACGGUCUGCCGAGCUAGAGUCUCAGAUCAAAGUCUACCUUCUUCGGUUGACGGAGAUGCUGGACGAACGGGCUUCAUUGGAACGUGUCCUGACGGACGAGAGGAACUCAGUCAUGACGAUGGCUGCUGAUUUUUUCAAGGAGAACCUCGUCCUUAAGGUCAAGAACCAAGCCCUUCGUACUGAGGUGGCCGAGACCAUUGCUGGCGCCAAAGAGGCUAUGAACACCGUCAUAGAUACCUCAAAGGAAUGGGCAGUGCAAGCUUUUGGCAUGAUGGCCGAAGAAGAGGAUAUCCCCAGAUAUGCUCGUCGGCUGGCGUUCCAGGAGGCUUUGCAUAAGGCGACUAUAUCCGGAGCCGACCCUCCCGUUUUUGAAGAAUCUUCUGAAGAUGAAGAGGGGAGGACGAUGCUGAGGCCCAGGAUGAAGAGGACAAUGAUCCUCCUGCCGCUUAGUUCCUUUGUUGUAUCUUGGCCGUGA